AGGUGCACAGAGGAAUCCAUCUGGCUGGUCAAAAAGGAUUGAAGUAGGUUAGUAUCUUUAUACAAAGCUCCACUGGAACCUCUACUUAAUUUUCAAAUUCUCUUACACAAAGAAUCACGGUGAUUAUUCACCUCUUGUCCCACAGCUUACAUGGCUGAGCCUGGGAGCACAAGUAGAGGUAACAGUGGUGCUAUGACCACCGGGGGUGCAGGAGGAACGCGUGUCCUGCAGGAACCCUCUCUAAAGGCCGGAAUGGUGCUGUCAGAUGAUAGAGUGGACUUCCUUCGAGAGCAGGCCUUCUGUGUGCUACGAGUGAAAACAGAUAAGUGGAACCGCUUUAUUGCCUCAGAAGAGAAUCAAAAGAUUAUACUGGAUUUUCUGGACCAAAGCUGGACAAGCAGGCUGCUUCUCUUCACUGGACCUGGUGGGACACUGCAUGCAGGGGAUGUUCAAUCACUACUUAUUUCUGGUGCUUUCAAUGCUGUUGAAAGCAUUCCUACUGUUUUUCUCCCAAUGAAGACAUCUCCACCAUGGAGGACCAAGCUGCUGUGUGUAAUAAAGAAAGGUGUAAAGAAAAUUGACCAACAAGGUUUCAGGCACCAGUUCUGGUUUGGAGAAGUACCUGGAUACCCAAUGGAGCACCUGCCUAUAGUCAUCUCUGAGGUUCUGGUGUGUGUGCUGUCCUAUGGGCAUAAUCGUGAGGACUGGCCACGGGUAGUUUCUGAAGACAUCUAUCACCACCUGGAGAGGUUCAGAAGCAAGGUGGUGACUCUGAGAGGCCGUGCAGAGGGAAGAACCCUGCUGCCUCUUCCACUGUGUUUGGAGAGAGCACAACGUCAAGAUAUUGUUUUUAGCCCAAGUGGAUGGCCGCUGGACCAUAGCUUGUUAUACUCUAUAGAAACUUUGAUAGUUCAGUGGUCUGGACAGAUUUGGGAUGUGCUCAAAAAAGACUCUGGCAUGCUUCUACUUCAGGGAGACCACCCAGGCCCCAACGUGGAACUCCAGUUUUGGGCAACUCAGAGGGAAAACCUAAAGGGCAUCCAGGCACAAAUCCAGAGCUCCAAAGUGAAUCAAAUCAUAGAGAUCCUGAGAAGAGUAGAGAGCAGUUACUACUCUGCCUUUAAGGAUGUAUGUGUCAAAGUCAAUCAGGCUGUGGUUGAAGCAGAAGAUAUAGAUCUGUACCUACGGCCUCUAAGGAGACAGAUCUGCAAUCUGGAAGAGAGGAGUUUUCCACAGCUGGAACCUCUACUUCCUCCUCUUUUUCACACUCUUUGUCUCAUCUGGAAACAUUCCCAGUACUAUUGCACACCACAGCGAAUGGUUGUCCUCUUGCAAGAGUUCUGCAAUCUGCUCAUAGAAAAGGCAUUUGCGUACCUUAUUCCUGAAGAACUUUUUAAGAUGGAACUUGAAGAGGGGAUGGAGAGAGUACAAAUAAGCAUCUCAGUUCUGCGUUCCUUCAAGGAACUGUUUCACACUUACCGCCAGCAGAUACCUGCUUACUACAGUAAUGAGAAGAGCGUCAAGCUGUGGGACUUUCCUACAACACUUGUCUUCAAACGCUUGGACUGCAUCAUUGAAAGACUCCUCAUGAUUGAGGAAAUUUUUGCUACAGCCCUGGACUUUCUGAAGUUGGAAAAGGUUGAACUUGGUGGAUCAAGAGGAAGGAUCUUAAACGAGAUGGUGCUAAGCAUGACUGAAGAGUUUCAUGACCGCUGGCGGACCCUUAGAGAGAGCAAAUACGACCCCUUUGACUACACUAAUGAUGAUUUUGUGUGUCAACACAGACGUUUUGUAGAGCAGAACAAAGAUUUUGACCAGAGGCUGGGGACUGUCCUCAAUUUGGCCUUUCAACAUUCCAAAAGCCUGACUUCAGCAUUUAAGCUGCUGAAAAUAUUUGGAAGUCUUCUGGAGAGACCUAGACUCAAAAAGUUAUUUUCUACCGAUUAUAAUACAUUGCUGGCCAUGUUAAACCAGGAAAUAGAUCACUGCCAAGUUUCACUGGAUCAACACAGAGAAGGGCUGCAGUCUGAUUGUGCAGUUCUGGGAAAGAACAUGCCGUCUGUGGCUGGGAACCUUAAAUGGUCACAAGAACUUCGGAGCCGCUGCCUUACGAAUAGAAGCAACUUCUGCCAGCUGCCUCACAUGCCACUUGGGUGUGCUGAGGCAGAUGAGGUUCUCAGAAAAUGUGAACAUGCUCUUGAGAGUUUGGAAAAAUAUGAUGAGGAACUGUUGACAGAAUGGGCUCAGGGGUUGGACGAUGUCUGCCAAAUGCAUCUCAAAGAGCCACUCUUAACCCUGGACUCUGAUACAGGCCUUUUCCAGGUCAACUUCAGUCCUAUUCUGACGGGUGUGCUGAGGGAGGUCAAAUACCUGACAAUUCUAAAGAUCCAAAACAUUAACAAAGCAGCUCUUCAUUUGUAUUCUGAAAAGGAAAGAUUAUACCUGUACACACAGACACUGACCUUGGUGACCCAAUGGUACAACAAGCUUAAAAGCACCAUCUUGGACGUAGAGCUGAGGCUAGUUAAAGAUGAGAUGGACAGGGUGAUACAACAGCUGGAACCAGCGCUCACAGAGCUGACCUGGGAUCAGGAUGACCUCUGGGACUACAUUAAGAGUACACAGCAACUGGUCAAGAACAUUUCGAGUCGGGUCCAGAGUAGCAAAGCUAAUGCUGAAGCCAUUCAAGCUCUCAUGGUUAAAUUCAGCAGCCGGGCUUUUAUUACCAGAAAGAGACUUGGCUCUACUCUCAUAGACUUCUCCGAAAUUGAGGACAGUGUUUCCAAACAACAGACUCUCACUCUUGGUACAGGGGAGCAGAUACAUAAACUGGUGCAGGAGAACCAGUCUCUACUAGGUGUGACCAAUCAGAACAGCCCUGAAUGGCGUUUAUACACAGAGUAUGUGGACCAGAUGAUCGUGACGGGCUUCUUCAACGCGAUACGCUGCUCCCUGCAGUACUUUGUGGACAACACAGAUGCAGCUCAGCGCAUUACACCUCUCUUUGAAAUAAAACUGAUGCUCAGUAAUAAUGAAAUGACCUUUGACCCUUCAUUGGAUGUGAGCCUCAGUGGAAACUUUUAUGGUAUUGUGGACAAAAUGGUGACCAACAUCAUAAACAUGGCAUCCUUCAUUUCCAGAGUGGCAAACCACAAGGAUCUGGAUAACUAUCAGUCUGAUAUCGAUCAAAUGGAAGAUUUGUCAGAAAUGUGUCAUAUUAUACGCUUAAGGACACGAGGAGCUGUGGCCAAGGUCAGGGAAUAUCAAGCUUCGUUUUCUAGCUACCGGUACCUUUGGACUGAUGACAGAUCUGAAUUCAUGAGGCAGUUUUUGCUCUACGGCCAUGUUUUGAGCACAGAAGAAGCGGAGCUGUAUGCGGACUAUGAACUGAAAAAGAGCCCACCCACCUUAGAGAACUUUAAAGAUCAAAUCAAUCUUUUUGAGUCUCUGUACACUCGGGUGAGUAAAAUGGAGGACAGGAUACAAUUCUGUGGCUGGUUGGAGCUGGAUAUACGACCCUUCAAACACACGCUGAUGAAUGUCAUCAAAAAGUGGAGCUGGAUGUUUAAAGAGCAUCUUCUAAACCAUGUAAAUCAGAGUGUAAAGGAGCUGUCCCAUUUUCUUGAGGACACAGCUGGAGGCCUCUCCACAAACGUGUCAGAUGGAGAUUAUGCAGGGCUGGUGAAAAUAAUGGGACACCUUAUGGCCAUCCGAGAUAGACAGAUCAGUAAUGAACAGCACUUCAAACCACUCAAGUCAACGGCAGAGCUUCUCAAGUCCUACGGACAACAACUCCCUGAGGGUGUCUACACACAGCUGGAAGAGCUGCCUGAGAAGUGGAAAAGUCUCAGAAAAAUAGCAUUUACAGUGAAACAUGAAGUGGCACCACUGCAGUCAAAUGAAGUUUCUGUGAUACGCAGGAAAUGUGUUUCGUUUGAGAUAAAGCAGCAUGAGUUCAGAGAGCAAUUUCGCACUGCGUCAAUCUUCAAGUUCAACAUUGAGGAGCCAUAUAAACUGAUUGAGAAGUGUCAUCGAUCAGUAGCACAGCUUGAGGUGGAAAUGAAGAACCUGCAAGACACAGCUGAUCUUUUUGAGGUCAGCUUUCCUGAAUACAGACAGCUGCGCCAGUGUCGCUCUGACAUCAUACUCGUCAAAGCAGUCUGGGACCUGAUCAUUUUUGUGAAGACAAGCAUAGAAGAGUGGACCAAGACUCCGUGGAAGGAGGUAAAUGUAGAGCAGAUGGACAUGGAGCUCCGCCGUUUUGCUAAGGAAAUGAAGAUGCUAGAUAAGGAAGUGAGAGCAUGGGAUGUUUACCUGGGUUUAGAAUCUACUGUGAAAAACCUGCUAACCUCUCUGAGAGCAGUCAACGAGCUGCAGAGCAUUGCCAUCAGAGAGAGGCACUGGCAGCAGCUUAUGAACACAACAGGAGUACGGUUUGUGAUGGGAGAGAGCACCACCUUGGGAGACCUGUUGGAAUUACAGCUACACCGUGUGGAGGAUGAAGUUAAAAACAUAGUGGACAAAGCUGUGAAAGAAAUGGGCAUUGAAAAGGUUCUGGCAGAAAUAACACAGACCUGGAGUGUCAUGUCACUGUCAUAUGAGACUGAUAACAGCACUGGAACACCUUUGCUCAAAGCUGAUGAGAAUCUAAUCGAAACUUUGGAGGACAACCAGGUCCAACUGCAGAACAUCCUAAUGAGCAAGUACGUGGAGUAUUUCCAGUCAGAGGUGAGUGGAUGGCAGAGGAAGCUGAUGGUAGCUGACCUGGUCAUCUCAUCGUGGAUGUCUGUCCAGAAGACUUGGGCCCAUCUAAACAGCAUCUUCACAAAUAGCGAUGAUAUUCGCUGCCAACUGGCCCAUGAUGCAGAGCGAUUUCAAACCAUAAAUGCUGACUUUCAGAGUUUGGUGGUUGAAGUGGUACAGAACAGUAAUGUGGUGGAUGUAACCAACAAGCAAGGCUUCCUGGAGAGUCUAGAAGCCUUACAGCAGAGGUUGUCAGUGUGUGAGAAGGCCCUUACCGAGUAUCUGGAGACGAAAAGGCUAACAUUCCCCAGAUUUUAUUUCAUCUCAUCUUCUGAUCUGUUGGAGAUUAUCUCCAAAGGAAAACAGCCCAAACAGGUGACCCGCCAUUUGUUGAAGUUGUUUGACAACAUAGCAGACCUUCGCUUCAAGGACUCAGACGAGGCCAAAGGAGGGGAGGAAGUGGAGGAAUUGGCAGUUGCUGUUGGGAUGUACAGCAGGGAGAGAGAAUAUGUUUCUUUCUCAGAGCCAUGUGUCUGUAAAGGACAGGCUGAAUGUUGGUUAAACGCUUUGGAGAACAGUAUGCGCUGUACAGUCAGGAAAGAGAUACAGGAGGCGGUGGCUGCCUAUGAGGACAAACCAAGGGAUCAGUGGCUUUUUGAUUAUCCUGCACAGGUAUCAUUGACUGGUAGUCAGGUGUGGUGGGCCACAGAUGUGGGUAUUGCUUUUGAGAGAGUGGAGGAAGGAUUUGAGACAGGUCUAAAAGACUACAACAAAAAACAGAUCACACAGCUCAACUCAUUGAUCCACAUGUUACUUGGGGAUUUAAGUCCUGGAGACAGGCAAAAAAUAAUGACCAUAUGCACCAUUGAUGUCCAUGCUCGAGAUGUGGUUGGAAGUCUCAUCACUCAAAAGGUGACAAAUGCACAGGCAUUUGCGUGGCUGUCUCAGCUUCGCCACCGCUGGGAUGAAGAGACUGCCCAUUGCUGUGUGAACAUCUGUGAUGCCCAGUUCCAGUUUAGCUAUGAGUAUCUGGGAAACACAAACAGACUGGUUAUAACCCCACUUACUGACAGGUGUUACAUAACCCUGACCCAAUCGCUCCAUUUGACUAUGAGUGGUGCCCCAUCAGGCCCAGCUGGUACUGGAAAAACAGAGACAACUAAAGACCUGGGACGUUCCCUUGGUAUCAUGGUAUAUGUGUUCAACUGCUCAGAACAAAUGGACUACAAGUCCAUAGGUAAUAUUUAUAAAGGCCUGGCUCAAACUGGAGUGUGGGGCUGCUUUGAUGAAUUCAACAGGAUCUCAGUGGAUGUACUAUCUGUGGUAGCUGUGCAGGUUAAGACUAUACAAGAUGCUGUGCGCAACAAAAAACAGAGGUUUCAUUUUCUGGGAGAAGAAAUUGAGUUGAAAUCAACAGUGGGGAUCUUCAUCACUCUCAACCCAGGAUAUGCGGGGAGGGCAGAGCUUCCAGAAAACCUUAAGGCACUGUUCAGGCCCUGUGCAAUGGUCAUCCCAGACUUUGAACUCAUCUGUGAGAUCAUGCUGGUGGCUGAAGGGUUUAUUGAUGCACGUUUACUGGCACGCAAGUUCAUAAGCCUCUAUACUCUGUGCAAAGAACUGUUGUCCAAACAGGAUCAUUAUGAUUGGGGUUUAAGGGCUAUAAAAUCAGUCCUUGUUGUAGCAGGAUCCCUUAAGCGUGAGGAGCGUAACAGACCUGAAGAACAGGUGUUGAUGCGAGCUCUGAGGGACUUCAACCUUCCAAAGAUAGUGACCAGUGAUGUGCCUGUAUUCCUUGGACUGAUCAGUGACUUGUUUCCUCAACUAAAUGUUCCAAGGAAGAGAGAUCCCACCCUAGAAAAUGCUGUUCGCCAGUCAGUUAGUGAACUCCAUCUCCAAGCAGAAGAAAAUUUUAUACUUAAGGUGACUCAGUUGGAGGAGUUGCUGACCGUCAGACAUUCUGUGUUUGUUGUUGGUGGACCAGGAACUGGAAAAAGUCAGAUCUUGAAGACCCUACAUAGGACAUAUUCUAAUAUGAAGAAGAAACCAGUAUGGACUGAUAUUAAUCCCAAAGCUGUUACCACAGAUGAGUUGUUUGGAUAUCUGCAUCCUGCUACCAGAGAGUGGAAAGAUGGUCUUUUCUCCUCCACCAUGAGAGAGCUGACCUCAUUGACCCAUGAUGGACCAAAAUGGAUUGUUUUAGAUGGGGACAUUGACCCCAUGUGGAUUGAAUCACUCAACACAGUUAUGGAUGACAAUAAAGUUCUGACUCUUGCCAGUAAUGAGCGGAUCAGUUUGUCCACGUCUAUUCGUCUCCUCUUUGAGAUUUCUCACCUUAGGGCGGCUACUCCAGCAACAGUAUCCAGGGCAGGGAUACUCUACGUCAACCCGCAGGACCUUGGCUGGAGCUCUUAUGCAGCAAGUUGGAUAGAUACCCGACAGGCCCAGUCAGAACGGGCCAAUCUCACCAUCUUGUUUGAUAAGUAUGUGCCCUACUGCUUGGAGCAGGUCCGCUGCAACCUGAAAACUAUCACUCCUAUUUCAGAAAACAGCAUGUUGCAGACUCUUUGCUCAUUACUGGAUUGCCUGUUGACAGAAGAAAACACUCCACCAGACUCCCCCCGAGAUGUUUAUGAGAUCUACUUUGUCUUUGCCUCUGUUUGGGCUUUUGGAGGGGCUCUCUUUCAGGAUCAUCUGAAUGAUUACCGCGCUGAGUUCAGCCGCUGGUGGUCUAAAGAGAUGAGAGCUGUAAAGUUUCCUUGCCAAGGCUCAGUCUUUGACUAUUAUGUUGACCCUGAGACUAAAAAAUUCACACCCUGGAGUGAGAAAAUGCUGCCGUUUGAGCUGGAGCCUGAUGUCCCAUUGCAGACAGUGCUGGUUCACACCCCAGAAACUAUCUGUCUGACAUACUUCAUGGACUUGCUGCUACAGAGAGGAAAACCUGUCAUGUUUGUGGGAAAUGCAGGUGUAGGCAAGACCAUACUGGUGUCCGAUAAAGUCACCAAGCUGAAGGAGGACUACAUUAUUGCAAAAGUGCCCUUUAAUUAUUACACCACAUCAGCCAUGCUGCAGCGUGUUCUGGAGAAACCUUUGGAGAAAAAAGCCGGUCGCAAAUUUGCUCCCCCUACUUCGAAGAGGCUUAUCUACUUCAUAGAUGACCUGAACAUGCCUGAGGUUGACGUGUAUGGCACUGUCCAGCCGCAUACACUCAUUCGCCAGCACCUGGACUAUAGUCAUUGGUAUGAUAGACAAAAGUUGGUCCUGAAGGAAAUACACAACUGCCAGUAUAUCACCUGCAUGAACCCAACAGCUGGAAGCUUCUCUAUCAACCCCAGACUGCAGAGACAUUUUGCUGUGUUUGCGGUGCAUUUCCCGGGAGCUGAUGCAUUGGCUACCAUCUUCUCCAGCAUCCUUUCAGCUCAUUUCCUUCAAGGAGGAUUCAGCUAUGGAGUCUCUCGCUCUGUCGGAACUCUCAUACAGGCAGCCAUCUGUCUUCAUCAAAAGAUUAGCCAGAACUUCUUUCCAACAGCCAUACGCUUCCAUUAUAUCUUUAACCUGCGAGACCUCUCCAACAUAUUCCAGGGCCUCCUGUUUGCCCUGCCAGAGAGCAUCCGUUAUCCCAUGGACCUGGUCCAUCUGUGGCUCCACGAGAGCUCCAGAGUCUAUUCUGACAAGUUGAUGGACCAGAAGGAUGUUGAACUUUUUAAUAAAAUCCUGCUGGACACAGGGAAAAGAUACUUUGAGGGAAUAGACGACUCCAUGUUUAUCCAUCAACCUUUAGUGUACUGUCACUUUUCCAUGGGAGUAGGAGAGCCACGUUAUCAUCAGCUGUCAGACUGGGAGAAGCUUCAGAAGACACUAGCUGAUGCUUUGGAGCACUAUAAUGAGCUUCAUGCCGCCAUGGACCUAGUGCUAUUUGAAGAAGCCAUCCAACAUAUUUGUCGGAUCAGUCGCAUCCUGGAGGCCCCUUAUGGAAAUGCUCUUCUGGUUGGGGUAGGAGGCAGUGGGAAGCAGAGUUUGUGUCGACUGGCUGCUUUUCUUAGCUCUUUGGAGGUCUUCCAGAUCACACUGCGUAAAGGAUAUGGAAUCAACGACUUAAAGAGCGAAAUUGCUGCACUGUACAUAAAAGUGGGAGUGAAAAAUAUCGGAACAGUAUUCCUCCAUACUGAUGCACAGAUUCCAGAUGAGCGCUUCCUGGUGCUCAUCAAUGAUAUGCUGGCUUCAGGGGAUAUUCCUGACUUGUUUAGCGAUGAAGAGGUUGAUAUGAUUGUAGCAUCGAUUCGUUUGGAACUGAGAGGAUUAGGACUCAUAGACAGCAGAGACAACUGCUGGAACUUCUUUAUUGAGCGAAUAAGAAGACAGCUGAAGGUGAUCCUGUGUUUCUCCCCGGUUGGAUUUACGUUGCGUACACGUGCACGGAAGUUUCCAGCUCUGGUUAACUGCACUGCUAUAGACUGGUUUCACCCGUGGCCUCAGCUCGCUCUACAGUCUGUCAGCUCUACAUUCAUAGAGAAGAUACCAGCACUGGAGCCUAAAGUAAGAGCUUCCAUUGGGGAAUUCAUAUCCUACGCUCAUACAAGUGUCAAUGAGGUGAGCAUUAAAUACCAGCAAAAUGAGAAGCACUUCAACUACACCACUCCAAAGAGUUUUCUCGAAUUCAUGAAGCUGUAUGACAACCUGCUGGGAGCGAAACGCAAAGAGUUGGCCCAAAAAAAGAACAGACUAGAAAACGGUCUACAAAAGCUGAAGAAUACAGCAUCACAGGUGGAGGAUCUCAAGGCCAAGUUAGCAGUGCAAGAAGUGGAGCUGUGGCAGAGGAACUCAGAUAUCGAAGCUCUUAUUGCCAAGAUAGGACAACAGACAGACAAGCUUAGCCAAGAGAGGGCUGUGGCCGAUGCAGAGGAGCAAAAGGUGGAGGCUAUUCAAGCUAGUGUAACAAAGCAGCAACAGGAGACAGAGGUUGACUUGGCCAAAGCUGAACCCGCUCUACAAGCAGCUAAUACAGCCCUUAACACUCUAAAUAGGUUGAAUCUGACAGAGCUGAGGACUUUUCCCAACCCUCCAGCGAUUGUUGCCAAUGUCUCAGCAGCUGUUCUGGUCCUGCUCUCCCCCCAAGGCCGAAUCCCCAAAGAUCGCAGCUGGAAGGCCUCCAAGAUGGUUAUGAGCAAGGUCGAUGACUUCCUGCAAGCCUUGGUAAACUUUGACAAAGAGCACAUCCCUGAAGCCACUGUUAAGUGUGUGAGAGACGACUACCUCAGUGACCCAGAGUUCAACCCAGAGUUUGUGCGACAAAAGUCCUCAGCCGCCGCUGGUCUCUGUGCCUGGGUGAUCAACAUCAUACACUUUCAUGAGGUAUCCUGCGAGGUGGAGAAGAAGAGGAUGUGUCUUUUUCAGGCCAAUGGUGAUUUGGCAGAGGCUGCUGAGAAACUAGAGGUCAUCAGGAAAAAACUUUCAGAGCUGGAUGGUAAUCUGGAAGCACUGACAACAGCUUUUGAGAAAGCCACAGCCGAGAAACUACGUUUUCAGGAAGAGGUGAAUCGCACCAACAAGACAAUAGAGCUGGCAAAUCGGCUCGUCAAGGGACUGGAGAGUGAGAAUGUGCGCUGGGCCCACUCAGUCGCUCAGUAUCAUGAGCAGGAGGAAACUCUCUGUGGAGACGUCCUGCUAACAGCAGCUUUUAUCUCCUAUGCCGGCUCUUUCUCUAAGAAGUACAGGAGAGAACUGCUGGAAAAUCUCUGGAUGCCAUUUCUCCGCAGCCAAAAGGUACCCAUCCCAAUGGCAGGAGGCCUAGAUCCAGUCUCAAUGUUGACUGAUGAUGCAACAGUGGCCCAGUGGAACAAUGAAGGCUUACCAGGAGACAAAAUGUCCACUCAGAAUGCUACCAUUCUCAUUAACUGUGAACGCUGGCCUCUUCUCAUUGACCCCCAGCUGCAGGGCAUUAAGUGGAUCAAGAGUCGCUAUGGGAACACUCUGAAGGUCAUCAGUCUAGGGCAAAGAGGGUAUGUAGAUGUUAUUGAGAAGGCUGUGGUGGCAGGUGACACGGUGCUUAUUGAAAACCUGGAGGAGACUAUUGACCCUGUCAUCGACCCUCUGCUAGGACGACACACAAUAAAGAAGGGCACCUGUAUAAAGGUUGGGGACAAAGAGUGUUUCUUCCACCCAGACUUCAGACUGAUUCUUCACACUAAAUUGGCCAAUCCUCACUACAAACCAGAGAUCCAAGCGCAGACCACCCUCAUUAACUUUACAGUAACCAGAGACGGUCUGGAGGACCAGCUCUUGGCCCAGGUUGUAAAUCAGGAAAGACCAGACCUUGAGCUACUGAAGAGUGAACUUACAAAACAGCAAAACAUGUUUAAGAUAGAGCUAAAGCUUCUGGAGGACGAGCUGCUGACCAGACUGUCUGCAGCAGAGAGUAACUUCCUCGGCGACAACGUGCUGGUGGAGAAACUGGAGACAACAAAACACACUGCUGCUGAGAUUGAAAUGAAAGUGCUGGAGGCUAAAGUAAAUGAAGUAAAAAUAAAUGAAGCUAGGGAGCACUAUCGCCCUGUUGCAGUCAGAGCAUCUCUUCUGUACUUCAUCAUGAAUGAUCUCAACAAGAUCAACCCCAUGUACCAGUUCAGCCUAAAGGCUUUCAACAUUGUUUUCCACAAGGCGGUGGAAAUAGCAGAGGCUUGUGAGGAUGUAAAAAGCAGAGUAAACACUCUCAUUGACUGUGUUACAUACUCCACCUUCAACUAUAUCAGCAGGGGGCUGUUUGAGAGAGACAAGCUCACAUUCACAGCACAGCUAACCUUCCAACUUCUCCUUAUGAGCAAGGAGAUACAUGUGAGAGAACUAGACUUUCUGCUACGCUUUAACAUUGACCACCACUACGUUAGUCCCCUUGACUUUCUCUCUAAUUCAUCAUGGAGCGCCAUCAAGGUGAUGAGUUUUACUGAUGAGUUUCGGGGUCUGGAUCGGGAUAUUGAAGGCUCACCUAAACGCUGGAAGAAGCUAGUUGAGUCAGAGUGUCCAGAGAAGGAGAAGUUCCCGCAGGAGUGGAAAGGAAAAAGUUCCCUUCAGAAACUGAUCAUGAUGAGAGCCUUAAGACCAGACAGAAUGACCUACGCUCUAAGGAACUUUGUGGAGGAGAAGCUGGGGGUUAAGUACACAGAGGGUCGAAAGUCUGAGUUUGCAAAAUCCUUCAGAGAGAGCGGUCCUGCUUUCCCAGUAUUUUUCAUUCUAUCGCCUGGAGUGGAUCCCCUAAAAGACGUGGAAUCACUGGGAGGAAAACUGGGUUUUACUAUAGACCUGGGAAAGCUCCACAACGUCUCCCUGGGUCAAGGACAGGAAAGUGUGGCUGAGAUCGCAAUGGAAAAGGCUGCCAAAGAGGGUCACUGGGUCAUAUUACAGAACAUUCACCUGGUUGCUCGCUGGUUGGGUUCACUUGAGAAACUACUGGAGCGCUGCAGUGAGGACAGCCAUCCAGACUACAGGGUGUUCAUGAGUGCUGAACCAACCGCUACUCCUCAGGAACACGUUAUACCACAGGGUAUUCUGGAAAAUGCUAUCAAAAUCACCAAUGAACCUCCUACAGGGAUGCAUGCUAAUUUGCAUGCAGCCCUGGAUAACUUUGACCAGGACAUUCUGGACCAGUGCAGCCGUGAGCAGGAGUUUAAGACCAUCCUGUUCUCUUUGUGUUACUUUCAUGCAUGUGUGGCAGAAAGGAGAAAGUUUGGGCCACAGGGUUGGAACAGAAAAUAUCCAUUCAACACUGGAGACCUUACUAUAUCAGUUAAUGUCCUCUACAAUUACCUGGAGGCUAAUACACAGGUUCCAUGGGAAGACCUGAGGUAUCUGUUUGGAGAGAUUAUGUAUGGAGGUCACAUCACUGAUGACUGGGACCGGCGGCUCUGUAGGACAUACCUGGAAGAAUAUAUGCAGCCCAACCAGUUUGACCGGAAAGUUACUCUGGCACCAGGAUUUGUUGUCCCCUCCAAUCUGGACUACCAGGGCUACCAUGACUUCAUAGAUGAGAUGCUGCCACACGAAAGCCCAGUUCAUUACGGACUGCACCCAAAUGCUGAAAUUGAGUUUCUCACUGUGACGUCGGAUAAUCUUUUUCACACACUGCUGGAGCUGCAGUCUCCUGAUGCUGUAAUGGGAGAGGGAGUAUCACAGACGCUAGAAGAAAAGGUAAAAACUAUUUUAGAUGAAAUUCUGGAAAAGCUCCCAGAGGAAUACAGUAUGUCAGACAUUACAUCUAAAACCACUGAGCGGACUCCAUACAUUCUAGUCUGCUUCCAGGAAUGUGAGCGCAUGAACAUGCUCAUUUUAGAGAUCCGCCGGUCAUUGAAGGAGCUCGAUCUGGGACUAAAAGGUGAACUGGCCAUGUCUUCUGAGAUGGAGAAGCUGCAGACAGACUUGUUCUUCGACAAUGUCCCUGAUACAUGGACCAAACUUGCCUACCCUUCAACCUACAGUUUGGCGAUGUGGUUCAAUGAUGUGAUGCUGCGUUGUAAAGAGCUGGACAGCUGGACCCAAGACCUGUCUCUGCCUAGGGUUGUCUGGCUAUCUGGACUGUUCAACCCACAGUCUUUCCUAACCGCUGUGAUGCAGUCUCUGGCACGUAAAAAUGAAUGGCCUCUGGAUAAAGUUAACCUUACUGUAGAUGUAACAAAGAAAUAUAAGGAAGAAUUCAACCAACCUGCCAGAGAGGGUGCAUAUGUGUAUGGGCUAUACAUGGAAGGUGCCAGGUGGGACACUCAGACUGGGAUGAUUGCUGAGGCUCGUCUGAAAGAGCUAACACCAGCCAUGCCUGUGAUUUCAGUUAGAGCAGUGCCCAAUGACCGCCAGGAGACAAGGAACAUCUAUGAAUGUCCGCUCUACAAGACCAAGAUUAGAGGACCCACAUAUGUGUGGACUUUUAAUCUGAAAACUAGGGAGCGUCCAGCCAAAUGGGUGCUGGCUGGGGUGGCUCUUCUGCUCAGCGUUUAAAUUCUUUAAGAUAAGUGCUGACUAUAUCCCAUUCAUGAAUGUUCUCUGAAGUGUAUCAAUUUACUAAAAUAAAUCUUACUGCAGUGAAAUCAA